CUUUACGGAACGGAUGUGUGCGUGAUCAGAGAUCUCGGAUAAGAUCAGAUCAGAUCAGAUCAGAAAAGUGCGGCGGACGCGAUAUAUACGGAUAAUCAGUUCGCACUUGGCCGGAAGAAGGUGGCAAUUGAGACAACUCAACGCUUUCUGAUUCUGCCAGGCGAAAUAGAAAGAAAACAAAUAAAAGAAGUUCAAGUCAAUCAAUCAGCCAAAUUCGAAAUACGAAAAAGAGGAAAUUUUCGCCAGUCAACGCGAUCGGGCCAUAAAAACAUUCGAGCCAAGAAAAAAGGAAUUACAUUUUUUUUUCGAUCUCGAUUCUGAUUGACAACUGCGAAAGGUUGCGGUGAUUUUUCACACCCAUUCGUUCGGCGAUAGAACUGUUUUUAUUUCACCAUUUUUUUUUUGCGGUGCACAUUGAGUGAGUGAGUGAGUGAGAUGCAAUAAUCAAAUUUGACAACUGCGCGAAAAACGUUUGAGAUCAAAACAGCGCGCAGCGAAAACAAAUCAAAUCGGAAUAAAUGGGCCAAGAAUUUAGUGCGAUUUCCUUUUUUUUACUGUGAGCCCCCAGAAGAUAUACACAAACCAAAUAUAUAUACAUAAAUCCCAUUCGCGAUGACGCACUUGAUGGGUCCCACGGAGUGUGCCAGCGCCAUGAUGACCACCUCGAUGCAGUUCCUGGACACCAGCCUCCCGGAUUACAACUGCUACGCCAACGACUACUGGACCUCGCCCUACAUGACCGGCGGCCUCAGUCCCAUGAAGCAGAUCGAAGCCUGCAUCCAGACAGCUGGCAAGGAUCGCAGUUCGUACAAGCCGCUGGAGCAGAUCGAUGCCAAGUUGGCGGACAUCGAGACGCACAGUACAGGUAGCACUGGCACCGCGAACAGCAGCAGCAGCAGCCUCUCUAGCGGCAAUCCCAUCUCCAAUUCCAAUGCGAAUGCCAGUUGCCAGGAGCAGUCCUCGUCCCUCCUUCAAAGCGAUUAUCCCGGCGGCAACAGUGAAGCCUCGACGGCAGCAACCUCCUCCGAUGGCACGACGGCAGCAGGAUCGACGGCAGCGGGAGGAGGAAGUGCAUCGACGGGAUCCAAGAAGCUCAAGGGACAACACAAAAAAGACAACAGCAUUGGGGACAAUAAUACAGGGAAAGCCAGCAGCAAUAUUAGCAAAGGGGACUCGGAGCCAGUGCAUCCAUCGCUCGCCCAGGCUAUCGUGGUGCUGGAGACGAAGGCGCUGUGGGAUCAGUUCCACGCCCAGGGCACCGAGAUGAUCAUCACCAAGACGGGCCGUCGGAUGUUUCCCACCUUUCAGGUGAGGAUCGGCGGACUUGAUCCGCACGCUACCUACAUCUGCAUGAUGGAUUUCGUGCCCAUGGAUGACAAGCGGUAUCGCUACGCGUUCCAUAAUUCCUGCUGGGUGGUGGCUGGCAAGGCGGAUCCCAUCUCCCCGCCCAGGAUUCACGUGCAUCCCGACUCACCUGCCGCCGGUUCCAAUUGGAUGAAACAGAUCGUGUCCUUUGACAAGCUAAAGCUCACAAACAAUCAACUCGACGAAAAUGGCCAUAUCAUUCUGAACUCAAUGCAUCGCUAUCAGCCCCGAUUCCAUUUGGUGUACUUGCCACCGAAGAACGCGUCCUUAGAUGAGAACGAGCACUCCAGCCACUUCCGCACUUUUAUCUUUCCAGAGACGAGCUUUACGGCCGUAACUGCCUACCAGAAUCAGCGGGUGACACAGCUUAAGAUCUCCAGCAAUCCAUUCGCCAAAGGCUUUCGGGAUGAUGGCACCAAUGAUGUAACCUCUGGCGGUGGCAGCAGCAUGUCCUCCAUGAGCCACGAAAGUCAGGCUCGCAUGAAGCAACAGCAGCAGCAGCAACAACAGCAACUGCAACAGCAGCAGCAGCAGCAACAACAGCAGCAACUCAAGGAGCGAUCGGCGGCAACAAGCAACUUCAGCCUGAGUUGCACCGAGUUGUCCGUUGUGGAGCAGCAGCAACAGCAGCAGGCGGGAGUCCUGCAACUGCCGGCCACGCCCUCCAGCAGCUCCACCUCCGGCAACUCGCCCGAUCUGCUGGGCUACCAAAUGGAGCUCCAACAGCAGCAGCAACAGCAACACCAGCAGCAGCAGCAACAGCAACCGCACCAGCAGCAACAUCUCCACCAGCAGCAACAUCAGGCCAACCAGCAGCAGUCGCUGCUCCAGCAGAGCCAAAAUCAGACCCAAUACGGAAGCUAUCACCAUGCCUAUCAGCCGCAUCAGCCGCAGCCCCAUCCCCUCACCCCGCACUCCACCAGCUCCGCAUCUCCGCCGGCAAUUGCAGCGGGAUCGACGGCAACGGGUGCAACAGCAACAUCCGCCGGCGGAGCGGGAGCAACAUCAGCCGUUGGCACGGGCGCAACUCAGGUGAUGACCGCUGCCAAUAUUUACUCGAGCAUCGGUCAACCCUACGCCCAGGAACAGAGCAACUUUGGGGCCAUCUACCAUCAUAAUGCGGCUGCCGCUGCCGCCGCCCACUAUCACCAUGGCCACGCCCAUGCCCACGGCCACGCCCACAGCCACGGGCCGUAUGCCAGCGCCUACGACAAGCUGAAGGUGUCGCGCCACGCGGCCGCCGCCGCCUACGGCAUGGGGGCCACCUAUCCAAGUUUCUACGGUUCGGCGGCCCACCACCAGAUGAUGCGACCCAACAGCUACAUAGACCUGGUGCCGCGCUAGGAAAGAUCGCUGGG